AUGCAUUGCAACUUCACCACGAGCCUUCUGGUCCGCACGCUUCCCACCAUCCUGUCGGUGGAGUUUGUCCUUGGGGCACUGAGCAACGGGCUGGCUCUGUGGAUCUUCUGCUUCCACUUGCGGCCCUGGAAGAGCAGCACUGUGUUCCUUUUCAACCUGGCCAUGGCUGACUUCCUGCUCAACAUGAUCCUGCCCUUCCGCGCCAGCUACUACAGCUCGGGGGUCAAGUGGCGCUUCGGCCAGACCUUGUGUAACAUGUCACAGUUCAUGCUGGCACUCAACCGCACCGGGAGCACGCUUUUCCUCAUGGCCAUCGCCGUGGAUCGCUACAUCCGCGUGGUGCAUCCCCACAGCCGCGUCAACUCCUUGAGUCCCUCCAAGGCCAUGUGCGGGGCGGCUGCCCUGUGGUUGGUCACCGUAUGCUUGACGGCCAACGCCCUGACCCUGCAAAACCUCCGCUCAGACUACUGCGAGAGCUUCUUGGUGGAGACCUCGGCCAAGGGCAACCGGCUCUGGCACAAGUUCAAUUUCCUGUUUUCCUGCUGGAUGCCGCUCCUGGUGAUCCUCUUCUGUACGGUGCGCAUUGUGGCUCAACUGCGGGGGCGGCAGCUGAGCCACCAUGGCAAGAUUAAGAAGGCGUUGUGGUUCAUCAUCGUGGUGGUUUUGCUCUUUGCCGUCUGUUUCCUGCCAAGUAACAUCACGCAGCUCCUCAUCUGGAUCAAAACCCAGGAGGCCAUGAGGAACCUCCCGGAGUCUGAGGUGUGCGACGCCAUGGACAACCUUACCGUUGUCUUCUACAUGACUGUCAGCCUCACGUAUCUCAACAGCGCCCUGGACCCGGUGGUCUACUACUUUUCCAGCCCCACUUUCAAGAACAUCUGCAGGAAAUCCCUGCACCUGCCCCUUGCGGAGACCACAGAAAGCAUAGAGAAGAGAACCAGGGAGACCGGCUCACACUCAUGCAGCCAUAUUUAGGAACCAAGACUGCACAUUUCCUCAAAAUUACAGUAUUGCUUUUUGUGGGUGUUAGGGAGUAGGGAGUACAGCCUUUAAUCAAGAUCACAUUGACAUUAUCAAGAGGCCAUUGCAUUAAAUUAGCCGCAAGAGGUGACUUCAAAUGUAUUUAUUCAUUUUCCAUUUUUUUUCCAUCUUUUAUCUCAUUCAAGACCCUGUAAAGCAAAUUCAUAGAUUUCCUCGUAAAUGCAUUACACGUUUGAAGAUACAGGAGUGCCUUGAAAUACGAGCUUAGUUUGUUCUGUGACCACGCUAAUAACACAAUACACUCCCCUAAAAUAAACGUUUCCCAUUAGUCAUUUAAAAUCAUUUUAUUUGCAGAGGAUAAAGAAUGUACCUGUUCAUGUUGUUGUAUCAUUCUAAGUUUUUGCAUUCAAAUAUUCACUGCUUCAAUGCUAAAUGUUAGCAAGCAAAAUGUUUUGCAUUGUUUGUUCGUAUUUACAGAAGGCGAAUUUACUAAUAAGGCAAAUAUAAUAGCUUUAAAUACAAUCUAUAUCAUUCUGUCUUGAUUAGUUUGACAGAAAACCUCAAAUGGGAGUGGCAUUAAACCGCCAAAGUUUGGAUGAAUUGUUCAUUGUUUGACAAACCGCUGCUUAGUGUGAAAUUAAGUUUACUACCACUGAGCAGUGCUCGGAAGUCAAGUUUGCUCUUGCAAGUGAAAACAAGAA